UGCAGGUGGAGCGCCAUGAGCACCGCCGUGUGCCCCCACCUCGGGGUCUGCCGCUGGCUAUGGCUGGCUAUUGCCAUGGGACUCGGCCAGGGACGAGAGAGUGGCCGCCUGAGGCUGGCUGUGCUGCCCGAGGACCGGCUGCAGAUGAAGUGGUGGGAGUCGGAGGGCAGCGGCCUUGGCUACCUGGUGCAGGUGAAGCCCAUGGCAGGGGACGCGGAGCAGGACGUCAUGCUGACCACAAAGGCCCCCAAGGCCACGGUGGGGGGCCUGAGCCCCUCCAAGGGCUACACCGUGCAGAUCUUCGUGCUCACCGGCUCGGGGACCACCCUGCUGGCACGGAGGGAGUUUGUGAUUGAGCAGUUGAAGAGUCACUCGGUGAGCAGGAGCGGCCGGAGGUCCCUGGGGGCAGCCCUGGAGCCCACGCCCGCCCACGUGGGGAGCCCAGCCCCUGAGCCCCCAGUCGCCUUGUCCCCAAGCCAAGACCCACCCACUCCUGGUGGCUCUGAGCGGGAUAAGGGACGGCUCAGCGAAGAGCAGCACCCACCCAGGGGCCCCGGGGCCAACGCCCCCUCUCAGUCUACCGUGGACCACGCCAGGGCCUCCGAGGGCAAGACCAAGCAGCCGGCCAGCCCCCAGUUCCGCUGCACACCCGCCGUGCCGGUGGACAUGAUCUUCCUGGUGGAUGGGUCCUGGAGCAUCGGCCACCGCCACUUCCAGCAGGUCAAAGAUUUCCUGGCCACUGUCAUCGAGCCCUUUGACAUCGGGCCAGACAAAGUCCAAGUUGGCCUGACGCAGUACAGUGGGGACCCCCGGACUGAGUGGGACCUCAACACCUUCAGGACCAAGGAGGACGUGUUGGCGGCUGUCCGCAGCCUCCGCUACAAAGGUGGAAACACGUUUACAGGUCUGGCCCUGACACAUGUGCUGGAGCAGAACCUGAAGCCGGGAGCGGGGCCCCGUCCAGAGGUGGCCACGGUGGUCAUUCUGGUGACAGACGGCAAGUCCCAGGACGAUGCGCCUGCUGCUGGCCGCGUCCUCAGGGACCUGGGUGUCGACAUCUUUGCUGUGGGCGUGAAGAACGCGGACGAGGCGGAGCUGCAGCUCCUGGCGUCGCAGCCGCUGGACCUCACCGUCCACAACGUGCAGGGCUUCCCCCAGCUCGGCACCCUGGCCGGCCUGCUCAGCCGCCUCAUCUGCCAGAAGGUCCGGGGCAGGAGCAGGGCCCCAGCCACACCCACAGCGGGCGGCCCCGCCCCCGGCACCCUCUUCACUCCCACCAGCCUGGUCGUGACCCAGGUGACCUCCUCCAGCAUCCACCUGUCCUGGACCCCAGCCUCCCAGCUGCCCCUCAAGUACCGGAUUGUGUGGCAGCCUUCCAGGGGCGGCGCCCCCAGGGAGGCGGUGGUGGAGGGGUCCACCUCGUCCAUGGAGCUUCACAACCUGACGGCCGGCACGGAGUACCUGGUGUCUGUGUUCCCGGUCCUGGAGGCUGGGGUCGGGGACGGGCUGCGGCGCCUUUUGACCACAGCGGCUCUGCCUCCGCCCCAGGCCCUGACCCUGGGCGCAGUGACACCCAGGACCAUCCGCCUCGCCUGGCAGCCAUCAGCCGGGGCCACACAGUACCUGGUGCGGUGCCGGUCAGCCUCCGCCAAGGGCCGAGAGAAGGGGAGAGAGGUGCGGGUGGAGCAGCCCGAGGUGCUGCUAGACGGCCUGGAGCCCGGCAGGGACUAUGAUGUCUGGGUGCAGAGCCUGCGGGGGCCCGAGGCCAGUGAGGCACGGGGCAUCCGUGCCAGGACCUCCACCCUCGAGCCCCCCAGACACCUCGGCUUCUCGGAUGUGAGUCACGACUCAGCCCGUGUUUUCUGGGAGGGGGUCUCGAAGCCUGUGCGUCUGUUCAGGAUCAGCUUCGUCUCCAGCGAGGGCAGCCACUCAGGGCAGGUGGAGGUUCCCGGCAACGCCACCUCGGCCACCCUGGGCCCUCUGUCCUCCUCCACCGCGUAUUCUGUCCGUGUCACCUGCGUCUACCCCGGGGGCGGCUCCUCCACGCUGACCGGCCGCCUGACUACACGGAAAGUCCCUAGCCCGAGUUGGCUCUCGGUGACGGAGCUCCCUGGGGACAAGGUUCAGCUGGAGUGGACGGCCACAGCGGCAUCUGGUGUGCUUGUCUACCAGAUCAAGUGGACGCCCCUGGGAGACGGGGAGCCCCAUGAGAUCUCUGUCCCAGGGACCCAGGGCACAGCUGUCCUGCCUGGCCUGCACAGCCACUUGGAGUAUGAGAUCACCAUCCUGGCCUACUACAGGGAUGGGGCCCGCAGCGACCCUGUGUCCGUCCGCUACACCCGCUCGCACCGGAGCCCGCCCUCUGACCUGGCCCUGGUGCCCCAGGCCCCCGACAGCCUGCGCGUCAGCUGGACGCCCCCUGGCGGCCACGUCCUGCACUACCGGCUCACCUACGCGCUGGCCUCGGGCUCGGGGCCCGAGAAGUCGAUUUCUGUUCCGGGACCCAGCAGCCACGUAACGCUGCCCAACCUGCUGGCAGCCAGCACGUACAGGGUCCUGGUCUCCGCGGUCUACGGAGGUGGGGAGAGCGUGGCUGUGUCUGCUGUGGGCAGCACAGCAGCCUGCCCUGCCCUCAGCCCAGACGGUCCCCUCCCAGGCUUUGACCUCAUGGCGGCCUUCGGCCUGGUGGAGAAGGAGUACGCGUCCGUCCGCGGCGUCGCCAUGGAGCCCUCUGCCUUCGGCCGCGCCAGGACCUUCACGCUCCUCAGGGACGCGCAGCUGACGCGCCGGGCCAGUGACAUUCACCUGGCCGCCCUCCCGCCAGAGCACACGGUCGUCUUCCUGCUUCGCCUGCUGCCGGAGACGCCCCGCGAGACCUUUGCGCUGUGGCAGAUGACAGCCGAGGACUCCCGGCCUGUCCUGGGGGUCCUGCUGGAUGCCGGCAGGAAGUCUCUGACCUACUUCAACCACAACCCCAGGGCCACCUUGCAAGAGGUCACCUUUGACCAGCCCGAAGUGAGGAGGAUAUUCUUUGGAAGCUUCCACAAGGUGCACGUGGCCGUGGGCCGCUCCAAGGUCAGGCUCUACGUGGACUGCCGGAAGGUGGCCGAGAGUCCCGUGGAGGAGGCAGGCAGCCCACCUGUGGCCGGCUUCGUCACGCUGGGGCGGUUGGCCAAGGCACGUGGCCCCCGGAGCACUUCAGCCCCACUCCAGCUCCAGACGCUGCAGAUUGUGUGCAGUGACUCCUGGGCAGAGGAGGACACAUGUUGUGAGCUCCCGGCAUCGAAGGAUGCAGACACCUGCCCUGCCUUCUCCUCCUCCUGCACCUGCUCCUCACGGACCCCGGGGCCCCCGGGGCCCCAAGGACCUCCGGGCCUCCCUGGAAGGAACGGACUCCCGGGAGAUCAGGGCUCCCCAGGCCCCAGGGGAGAGCCCGGGCCACCUGGACAGAUGGGACCUGAGGGUCCUGGGGGUCAGCAGGGGUCACCAGGGACCCAGGGCCGAACCGUGCAGGGACCAGUGGGUCCGCCAGGGGUCAAAGGGGAGAAGGGGGACCACGGGCCCCCAGGCUUGCAGGGCCAUCCUGGUCACCAGGGUCCCCCUGGGAAGGUCGGCCUCCAGGGACCUAAGGGAACGAGGGGUCUGGAGGGGAGUGCUGGCCUGCCUGGACCUCCAGGCCCGAGGGGCUUCCAGGGCGAGGCCGGGGCCAGGGGCGCUGGAGGGCUGCGAGGACCCCCGGGGGCUGUGGGGCUCACGGGGCUGCCAGGACCCAAAGGGGAGCGAGGAGAGAAGGGGGAGCCCCAGGCCCUGGCCGCCAUCUACCAGCUCGUGAGCCAGGCCUGUGAGUCGGCCAUCCAGGCUCAUGUGCUGAAGUUCCACCAUGAGAGCGCCAGGCCCCCCAGGCCCAUCUUGCAGGCCCUCGGCCACCCCAGCACUCCCGGUGAAGCCUGGCUCCCUGGACUAGGAGGACGAGAUGGCCCCCACCCUAAGGACAGAGGUGAGCCCGGAGCCCUUGGUCAGGUGAGCAGCCCUCGGCCCGAAGGGAGCCAGCCUCCAGGACCCCUGGGAGGAGCAGGACAGGCCCCGUGCUGCCCUGUGUGACCCUGCCCCUUCCCGGACUCUGGGCACCGAGAGCGGCCGAGCAGGAGGAGCCUGGAGGCAGAAGAAGGGGGGGGGCCUUCCCUCUGUACUGUCCCCACACUCAGAUAAAGUGCAGUGUGCUCACCCCGGGAGGCGUCCCUGGGGCCCCGA